UAAGUCUGGAGUCGACGAGCAAGGUCAUUGGAACACACUGCGCUGGGAGAAGAGAUCGACGGGAUGAUAGGGUAGACGGGCCACCAACUAGAGUACCUCAGCUCCACUCUUCUAGGAGGAUGUCGGAUGAGCUUGAUGGUGAUGUGCUUGACGGUCCGCCAACAAAGCCUCUGAUCCGGCACAUUACGGGGAUUCGCAUACACCAAUUGACUCUGCCCGAAUCCAUCCCACUCGCUUCCAAACUCAUCUCGGAUCCACCUACUGAAAAUGACGAACGCUACACCACGCUUGGCGAGUCGUCAAAAGUCCAUAAUUCGCCAGAAGGCCUUUCUUCAUCGCUAUCGCUAGAUCACGGAGAAUCCCGUCGAGCUCGACGAGAAUCUACGUCAACGUUGAGACCAUCCAGAUCCCCCUCUGUAUCGGCUCAUCCCACUUCGCCCAUCUCUCCAGUCCAGUCUUCUUUCCGUCAGAGAAUCCCUCGACCGAGAUCUCAGACUUUGGCAGGGGAGGCGAUACAGCAUGGUCAUGUAUCUUCUUCUUUCAUCGAAGUACAGGAGUCAGCCAUGACGACUAGACGACUAGCAAGAACAUUCAUAGUGUUCAGGCUUCCACAGACUGAUCAGCUGGAUGCUAGGCCUCAAGCUAGACGAUUCGGAUCCCAGGAAUCUUACAAGGACUCUGUGACGACUGGCUCAUCGCCCUCAAGAGCUCGGUCGUCAUCCUCUGCGACGUCUCCUCUAGGACCUCACGCCCGUUCGCCAAUACCUUCGCCCCUGAGUUCGCCCAAACUCGGUCCAACAAUUCGUACUCGGAUCGUGUCGUCUCCCACUGCAUCUCCUUCCGCUGCGAGCAAGGAUCUGCCGAGCAUGAUAUCAGGCUCACGCAAACCUCUAUCUCGACCCUCUGUCCCCCCUCUGAAUCGGUCCUUUAGCGGCAAGCAGAUCCGACCUGUCUCGUCUCCACGAUCCCCAACGUACUCUUCUCCCUUCCCCCGGCCAGACGUCCCCUUCUAUAUCUCACCCAUCCAUCACCCGUCCAUUCACCCGAGAUUCGUUACACUAGCAUCUGAGGGGGACUUUGCUCCCUGGCUCACGACUGAGGAGUCUGGUCUUGACACAUUCGAUGUGGAAGUGUGGUAUGAGGACGAUGACAGAGGCUGGCGGAGGGCAAACGAUCUGUGUCGUCGUAUUCGGUUGCAGGAUCUGAGGCGACGCGAGAAACAGGUAUCUGACCCAAACACAUUUGAAAUAACACUGUCUUCGGAUCCUCGCGGAAUAUACUACCUAUGCCAGGCUCCGCAAAGUCGCUCGGCCAAGACCAAGACGCAGACCAUUCGCCAUAUCGUACAACGCAGUCUCAGAGAGACACGCAUGAAGGAUGGAGUCAGUGUCGGCGGACUACUUCAGCUCGUCAACAUGCAGUCCGUCCUCGCUGACACUGAGCGAGAGAUUGCUCGCGUACAGGCACGCAUUGAAGUGUUGCUGCAGCAGGAUGUGGACUGGCGGGCUCUCCGCCGAGAGAUUGCGCAGCGAGAAACACGAUGUGCCUGGGUCCAAAAGGCUUCAGGGCAUGUCGACAAUAUGUUACAAGCGAGCGAGGCACAUAUCGUCCAGCGCAAACAGGCCAACGAUCGCCGCCGGUCAGACCUUAUCAAUGCAGAGCAGCGAUCGGAUCUCAUCAGCGGAGAGUGUGCGGAUCUUCAACUUACGCUCGACGCUGUAGAAUCUGAACGGUUAGGUUCCUUCCCCGCGAUACACCGUUGGCGAAUGUUCCAUGCCCAGUCCUUGGACGCACUUUUCCCCAUCCAGUCACUCCACCCUCCUACCUUGCUCUAUAGCAUUCUGGACGUACCGCUUCCUAUUCCGGCGUCUCCGAAAGAUCCCGCUCCACCUUUGUCCGUCCCAACGUCCCAUCUGCCUGCUGGAUGCAAAGUCGAUGAGCGGACGACCGCAUCCGCGUUGGGAUACGCUGCCAUGGUAGUUCAAAUACUCGGUCACCUGGCGGGUCCGACCUCUGGACUCGCAUACCCUGUCACAUGUGUCGGCAGUCGAAGUCUGGUCAAAGACGUCAUCAGCAUAAUGCAAGGUCCAAGAUCGUUCCCGCUGUAUGCGAAAGGGGUCGAGAGAUAUAGAUACGAGUAUGCCGUGUUCUUGUUGAACAAAAAUAUCGAAAUUCUCAUGCAAGAGUCCAAUAUCCGAGCGAUGGAUGUUCGCCAGACUUUGCCAAACCUCAAGUCAUUGCUCUUGACUCUCUCUUCGCCCGUUUCAAACUCAAAUCAAACCUUGGCCAGCAGCAUGACGAUUGUCAAUUCGAACAAUUCAUCACGGCAGACCUCUUACACAUUUGGCAAUAUGACAUUCGGAUCUCCUGGGAGUUCCGUUACUGGACGCGAAAGUCCCAGCAGCUCUCGAGUCAUGUUUUCAGGUCAGUCGGCCCUGUUCCGAGGUCACGAGCGGAGAUCGAGUCUGCGUCCGAUGGUCGACCUGACGCGAUCGCUACGAGGAGAAGAUGAGGACGAAGACAGUGAGACGGAAUUGGUCAAGGAACAGGGCGGGCUCCGCCAGGGAGGUGUAGCGGUCGUCCACUCGUAGAAUACGACCUGCGCAUGCGUGCCAAAAAGGGCAAGACUUGCCUUCCGGCAAUUCACGCUGCAAAAUCGGCUGUAUCAUCUCAACGCUACGAUUGGGCGGUUU